UCUUCUGGUGCGCUCGUUGUUGUGCUCCCAUCCAAUCCAAAAGUCGGUUGGCCACAUUCCAAGUGGUGUUCGGUGCUUGGACUCGUUAAAGGAUAGACAAGUGGAGAGACGCGCUAGGACAUCUAAGCGCUGCAAUGCUAAAGAUUUUUCUGUUGAGCGCUGCGCUGGGCAUUGCCUGCGCUGGCGUUAUAGGACCUGGGCCAUAUUAUGGCGGCCCAGCUGGACCCUUGCACACCUAUGCGGGCUAUGGCCCCCAUCCCGGAGCACCGCAAUAUGUGGCUCCAGCUCCCAAGCCCGCUGCACCGGAACCAUACGAUGCUGAUCCCAAGUACUCUUUUGGAUAUGACAUUCAAGAUGGCUAUACAGGAGACCUGAAGAGCCAGCAUGAGACACGGCACGGCGAUGUGGUCAAGGGCAGCUACUCCGUUGUGGACCCCGAUGGCACCAAGCGCACCGUCGACUACACAGCUGAUCCACACAAUGGUUUCAAUGCAGUUGUGCGUAAGGAGCCGCUGGCUUACAAGCCGCUGGCUCCUCCAGCGCCUGCACCACAUGCGCUGCUACCUGGACCGGCGCCUGCACCGCCUUUGCCAGCAGUGCCCAAGGCCUCGCUGCCCUUGCUCUCGUAUCCCUUUGCUUUGACCGCCUUACACCGUGGUGGCCCAGGACCCGCUCCAGCACCUGCUCCUGCUCCUGCCCCCGCCCCAAUACCCGUAGCGCCCGCUCAACUGCCCACCGCGCACUUCCAAGCAGCCUAUCCAGCUCUGGCCCAUUCGCCAUACGCCCACUACCCAGCCGCCCUUCCCGCACCUGCUGCCGACCCCCACGCCUACUACCAUCAUUGAGUUCGAGAAGCCUCUGGCACCUAGAAGGCGAUCUAGCACUACAUCUUCCCCUGCUCUGUGCUUUGCUCUGCUUUCCCUGUCCAUCUAACCAACUAUUUCUUUCGUCCAUUCUCAUCUGCACUCUGUAUCACUCUGUUCUCCAAAAGAUUCACUCUAUCCAUGUUGUGUUCGUCAUUGGAUGUUGGAAGUACGUUUAAACAUAUAUAUAUUUUGUUCACAAUACGCGGGCUUAUCUCAUAAGUUUAACUUACUAUAGGUUCAUACACUUAUAUGGCAUGUGUUGUUGUAUUUCACGUCUUUGCUGCUAAGGUUUUUGAUUUUGAAAUAAAAACACAUUUUAUACGU